GGAACUCUUCUCCCGGCCAGCAAGCAGCCCCCAACCUGGAUGGAGUGAAAGAUGCGGCCUGAUGACAUUAAUCCAAGGACUGGGCUGGUGGUGGCCCUGGUUAGUGUCUUCCUGGUGUUUGGUUUCAUGUUCACUGUCUCUGGGAUGAAGGGAGAGACUCUGGGAAACAUCCCCCUCCUGGCCAUCGGGCCAGCCAUCUGCCUACCAGGCAUCGCAGCCAUUGCCUUGGCUAGGAAAACCGAGGGAUGCACCAAGUGGCCAGAAAAUGAGCUGCUCUGGGUCCGCAAAUUGCCCUGCUUCCGGAAACCCAAGGACAAAGAGGUGGUGGAACUGCUGAGGACCCCUUCGGAUCUGGAGUCAGGCAAGGGCAGCUCAGAUGAGCUGGCUAAGAAGGCAGGCCUCAGAGGGAAGCCGCUCCCACAGGGGCAGGGUGAGCUGCCUAUGGCCGGCUCCAUCACUACACCCACGCAGGAAGGAGAAUGCCAGAGCCUGGUCCAGAGCGGGCGUCGGGAGGAGACGUCCAGAUACCUGGAUGGCUAUUGUCCCUCGGGCAGUUCCCUCGCCUACAGUGCCUUGGACGCCAAGGGCUCAGCCUGGGACAGAUCUGAUUGCCCUGAGCCAGAGGACAGCAUCUUCUUUGUGCCCCAGGACAGUAUCAUCGUUUGCUCCUAUAAGCAAAACAGCCCCUAUGACAGAUACUGUUGCUACAUCAAUCAGAGUCAAGGCACGUGGGACCAUGAGACAAUAGUCUAAUCUUUGCAUACAAGCGUCGGGUGGCUGUGUUGAUAGAAACAUGACUACACUCAACUCCCAAUGGAAAGAAAUUGCUCUGCUCCAACAGCCUUCCCAUGUUAGAAACUGAUGUGGUAUGUGAUCCAUGUGCAACCCCUGGUGCCUGAGAAUCAUGUAAAUAGGCAUGUAGGGGGCACAUUUUAGAGAAGGGUGGUGAGAGUUAAGGACACUGCAAGAGGCAGUGAGUAGGAAAGGAGGCAGUUCCGAUUGCUUCUUAACAAUGUAAACAAUGUUGAA